AUGUCUGAUUAUCUCAGAAGAGAAAAAUCUUCCACGCCUCAGCUACCUCAACUUCCCUCAAACGUGAGGAUAAAGCGAGAGAAUGAGAAUAACACAGACGUUACUUCAAGCCUGAAUGAUGUCAGCAUCGCCAGAAGGCGUGCUACCUCGAUUGCAAAAGAUGUGCGUGUGGGGUCCAGGAGAUCUUCACUCCAUCGCUCUGGUUCAUCAGCUUCUCAAGCCUUGAGUACAUCAAGCCGUAAAGAGUUACCGGCUUCGAAGACAGACGGCUCAAGCCUCCACCUAGAACCCGGUCAGAAACCAAAAAACCCGCAGCCGGACUCCUGCGAAGACAUCGCUGCCACCAACAAAGCUUUAUUAACCCGUACAAUCCUCACCUGUAUGCGUUUCUAUGGCUUCCGCCGGACAAAUACUAGAACUACUCAAAGCCUGCAUUCUUCCACACGGGAUAUACCAGAAUUCGGCGAUCCAGGUAUAAAGUGCGACUCUAAUCUAGCCAAUGAUAGCCGUAUACAAGACGUCUCUGGCCCUGGGAAUCUUCCUCCCUUUGACGACAUAGGAAAGUUGGACACAAUAAACCAUAUGGAUGGUUUUGAUGGUGGAGAACCUGCCCGACCAGAAGUUGACGGAAAUGAUGAUACUGGGUUUAAAGAGAUGUAUCAUGCCACAUACCGUGCUUCUACAUUUGCUUUGAGGCGUUUUUUAAAACCCUCCGUUCAAAACAUCGGGCUGUCAGGAAGUUCAGCUUAUGCCAAUGAUAUCCCUGUCUUAGGGAAAGAUAAGGCGAUGUCCACGAUAGACUCCGUUCUAAAGCUAUUCUGUGAAUUGUCGGAAGGGGAGUAA